AUGAGUUUUCCUCCCACUUUCUUUCUUUAUCUGACUCUCCCUUUCUCUUUCCCUCUCCCUUUUUCUUCUUUUUCUUUAAUUCACUUCGUUCUUUCUUCUCUCUUAUCAGAUAGUCCUUUUUCUCCUUUCUCCCUCUCUUUUAAUCUCAGUAAAUUCUCUCUUUUGUUCUCUUUCUUUUAUUCUCUGUGGUUUCUCUUCGUCCUUACUUUCUCUACUUCUUCUCUUCUUCAAUUCUUUGCUUAUUUUCUCUUCGGUGUUUUCUCAUUAAGUUUAUUUUCCUCUCCCUUGCCUAUGCGUUAUGCUUCCCCUUUCUUAUCUUUGAUUUUUCAUCUUUUCUUACUAUCUCCCCUACUCUGUCUGUCUGUCUCUCUCUCUGUCUGUCUCUCUCUCUCUCUCUCUCACACACACACACACACACACACACAACUUCUCUAUUUAUCUUCUGUAUUCAAUGAGUUGUCGUUGGCUAUCUUUCUCUCUAUUCUCUCACUGGUAUUUACUCUUUAUUUUUUCGUUCUCUCAAUAUUCUUUAUAUUUGAGUUCUUCUCUUCUUCCUUUCUCUCACUCUCGGUAAUGUUUGUUCUUCUUUUCUUCAUUUCAUUAUCGGCGUAUUUCUCAGUGACUUCCACUCAUUUUUUCUUAAUCUUUCUUCUCUUCUCUCUUUUUCUACCUUUCUUUUCUUCCUCUUUAAUUCUCAUCGACAUUUUCCGUUCUGUUUUCGCUGAGUUGUCUGUUCUCUUGACCCUAUCUCUCUCUCGCUUUGUUUUUCACGUUAUUCCCAUCCUCCAUUAUUUCUCUAACUUCCUUUCAAGAUGCUUUCCGCUCCUCUAUACCAUUUCUUCUCUUCUCAUUGAAUUUCUCUUCGUCCAUUCAUUCUCUAUUUUCUCCUUUCCUCAGUUUGCUCUCUCGUUCUCAUAG